AUGUACUCUAUCUCAAACAAAAAACCUUCCAUACUAAGUAUGGUUCCCCUGAAUAUUCUGAAGAACCAAGAUCUAACGGUUAAAAAGGAACAAGAAAAGAAGAUAUCUUUCAACCCUGUGGUUACUCCUAUAAGGCCAGAUGACUACCACGAAAAAACAUCCAGAUCUUCAAGUUCGAGCCAUUCCGAUUCACCUGAAUUUUUGAGAAUCAACAACAACAAAUCUAGUCAAAAAAAUGGGAAGUUGAAAGUUUUUGAGAGUAAAAAACUGAUUCCAUUAUUCAUUGGCGAUCUUCAUGAAACAGUUACUGAAGAAACUCUCAAGGGAAUCUUUGGAAAAUUCCCCUCUUUUGUCUCUGCCAAGGUAUGCCUUGACUCCGUUACAAAAAAAUCACUAGGUCAUGGGUAUUUGAAUUUUGAAGAUAAAGAAGAAGCUGAAAGAGCUAUGGAAGAAUUAAAUUACACUGAUGUUAAUGGUAGGGAAAUUAGGAUUAUGCCAUCAUUAAGGAAUACAACAUUUAGGAAAAAUUUCGGUACCAAUGUAUUUUUUUCUAAUUUGCCCUUAAAUAAUCCAUUAUUGACGACAAGAGUAUUCUAUGAUACUUUUUCAAGGUAUGGUAAAAUCUUAUCAUGUAAAUUAGAUUCAAGGAAAGACAUAGGAUUCGUAUAUUUUGAAAACGAAAAAACUGCGAGAAAUGUGAUAAAAAUGUACAAUAAUACUAGUUUUUUCGGCAAGAAAAUUCUAUGUGGAAUACAUUUUGAUAAAGAGGUCAGAAGUGUUCCUAAUUUUGAAACACAAAAAUCACGAUUAGAUGCGGAAACAAUUAUUGAAAAGGAGCAAGCUUUGAAUGCUACACAACUAAAACGGAAUGAUGGUGCAUCUAAGAACAAUCAGUCCUCGUCUCAAAAUUCUAUCUUCAUUAAAAACUUGCCAAUAAUAACCACAAGGGAUGAUGUUUUGAAUUUUUUCAGUGAGGUGGGCCCAAUUAAGUCAAUUUAUUUAUCCAAUGCCACCAAAGUGAAAUAUCUUUGGGCAUUUGUUACAUAUAAGAGUAAUGAAGACUCCGAAAAGGCAAUUAAGCGGUACAAUAAUUUCUACUUUAGAGGUAAAAAGCUAUUAGUAAGCAGAGCACAAGACAAGGAAGAAAGGGCAAAGUUUAUAGAGUCUCAAAAAAUGUCUACACUUUUCCUGGAAAACUUAAGCGCCGUUUGCAAUAAGGAAUUUCUUAAAUAUCUGUGUCAUCAAGAGAAUAUCAGGCCUUUCAAAAUCCAGAUAGAUGGAUAUAAUGAAAGUUCAGCCACCUAUUCUGGACAUAUCAAAUUCAGAAACUUUGAAGAUGCCACGAGGAUAUUCAAUUUUUUGAAUAACCGUUUGGUGGGAGGGAGUAUAGUAAUGACAUCAUGGGAGAGACAAAGUGGUACAUCGAAAAAUUAUGAAGAUUACGGAACUCGCAGUAUACACACCUCAUCUCACCCCCAGAUUACCCCAUAUUACCGCUGUUCACAUACGAACGAUCCAAACUCCUCAAGUAUGAGAAUUUCAUCAUCAAUGAAUAGUAGCACAAGAUCACUAAUUAAAAACAGGAGUUUCAAUAAGAAAGUUUUAGAAACGUUCGAAAAACAAGUAAGAAGAGGAAUAGAUUUCAUGAGAUUUCCAAGCGCUACUAGAGACGAAAAUGUACAUGGAAUAGCUGAGUAUAUUUUUGACACUUAUUGGAAUCGGGAUGUCUUGGUCUUGGAUAAAUUUUUAUCAUUUUUAAAUAGUAGUCCCUACCACGAAGGUGUAUUGCAAAAACAAAUUGAAGAAGCCGCAAACUCUUUAGGAUUCAAAAGAUGA